AACAUUUCCUGUUUUGUCAAUCCAGCAGCGCUGCAGUAGUCAGCAUGUCAGUGCUCUGACGAUGUUCUCCUAGAGAGGCUGAAAUGAGCUGAGCUCAGUUUUUAGCAGAUUGUUACCCUCACAUCCAUCCCUCUGCUUCACCUGCAGCAAGACCUGGUACACAACAAUGAUGCAACUCAGCGUGAAGACGUAUCUGGCUCUGCUAUGGGGAAUAUCUGUUUGGUUUUCUACGGAGUCCAUGUGUGCUUCCAUCCCAGAAACCAGCAGCGUUAACUCAACUGCUGAACCCGACAAGACAACCAAGCAGCUGAGCAGUCCACAUGUAGUUCGUGAUGAAACAUAUCCAACUCACAAACCUGCAGCAGUUAGUGCUGCUGCAACAGCGGAGACCACGUUGUCACCCACAGUGGAAACGGAAGAGGCAAUCGGCAGUGACAGAAGUGACAGCUCAAAUGAUAGCAUGGCUGGUUUGGUCGCAGCAACAACAAGCAGCUCAGGUCCACGACUGCCUCAUACCUCCACAGCAGUGACCACAGCUACAGGUGAAGCACAACCUUCCCACAACACGACAAUCCCAGUAAAACCUACAGGGGAUCAGUUGCAUCAACAAUCAAGCACCACUUCUACUGACAUGACUGCUCCUGCCACAACUUCUGCAACGUCUGCAGCAUCCUUAGCAACUGCGGCCGUGUCUUCGCCGCUGCCUACGUCCACCACUAAGCCCGAAGUUACAUCCAAGUUACCUUCCACCGUCUCUCAUGCUGAUUCUACUCAGGCUCCAGUCUUCAUCCAGAACCUCACCAGUCCCCCAGUUUCUACCACGACCAUAAUGACAGCGAACUCUACCUCUGAGUCUGACUCCACGUCUUUGCCUGUCAGAAUGAGUGCGACGUCCACCACCAGCACUGAGCUUUCAUCGACAACUCAGCCCGUUUCCGUGACAAGAACCCACAUCUCCACAUCACAGUUUCCUGACACAUCAGGAUCGAGCUCUACCACUGACCCUCACACUACCUCAUUCUCUACCGAUUCUGCCAUCUCCACCACCGCUGCUGUCUCCACCAGUCCUGCAGGAAUCUUGAUCCCUCGUGUACCCAAGAGGUUGCCGAUCCCAACAACCAAAUCAACUCCGGCAACUACAAUAGCGCCUCGUGAAGUCUCAAAGAGUCCAACCAGCACUGAGGGCCAACCCUGCUCCACCCGGGGCGUGAUGAAGCACUGCCUCAUCGCUAUCACCUCCUUGGCUGGGUUGGCAACCAUCUUCAUGGUUUCUACCAUUAUCCUCUGCACCAAGUUGUCAACAAGGAAGUACAAGGUCAAGAAACCUCAGCAGGCCACAGAGAUGAUGUGCAUCUCAGCCCUGCUGCCUGAAAGGAAUUACAACUACGCAAGACAACGCAAUCCAGUGACUAAUGGGGUCCUGGUGAUCCACAGUGGUGGAGACAGCGAUGAGGAUGGAGGAGACAACCUCACUCUCAGCAGCUUCCUUCCAGAAAAUGACCGUUAUGUUUAGAUGAAAUUAUCAUUAUCGUCACAUACAUGCUUUCAUCAGACCUCAGAUUGGACUGAUCUGUCUGAUGUCAGUGAUGUGGAAACAGUUGCUGUUUGAAUAAACUUGUGCUUCCUCUUUGAUGGUGGUGGUUUGGCUUCGCUGCGCGCCCUGUUCUUGUGGAGGAAGGGACACAGAAACCACAAACACCGAAAAAAAAAAAACAGUUGCUGUUUCAUGUUCAUGUACCAUUAACCGUAUCUGGCAUUUGGUGAGGUCAGGUCAUCAAAUGUGUAUUUUAGGCAAGAGUUUUUGCAUAAUUUUAAGUCGGGAUGAAGAGACUGAUUUUUUAUUUUUUUCAAAACAUCCUGAGCUGAGCCCAGAUGGUAUUUCAUUCAGCAACAGGAGACAGGAAGGCUUGUUUCAUCAAGGCAUUACUGUUCUUCACAGACACUGUUCAGUUUACAAGUGCUAUUCUGGUAGCAGUGAGGCUUAAUCACAUGAAUGCUGUAAUUUGAUUAAUGGUAAACUUUAUGUGAUGCAGUUUCUGCAUUGUGAUAAUUUAUUAAACGAAUGUCUUAUUUAACAGUUUUGUAUGGCUGUAUUUUACAGGUCUGUUAUGGCCCAAUCAUUUCUGGAAAUAAUUGUGUGAUUUGUUACUAACUUUAGGGAAAAUCGAGACAAAGUUCAGAGACUGUUUAGUUAGUUAGUUGUAAUUAGUUUAAAAGCAGUUGUUGAUUUCCAGAGGAAUUCCCUUAAAAAUAACUACUUACACUUGCUUACCAGUUGUAUUUUUGCCUAUAAUUAGUGCCAACACCUUCUUAGGAAACUCUUAGAAAAUGAUUAGACACAAUAAGGGGUUAACAAAGUUUAUCUUGCUUGUUCCCUCAAACAGAUAGCUGUUCACUCUGAGAUUUAAAAUAAGAACAUGUUCUGAGUACUUCAGAUAAACUUUGUUCAACAUAAGCGCUCAUGUGACAAAUGGUGAAACCGUUCAAGACAAGACAGCUCUGUUUUUUCUAUGUUAAAUAAAGGUGGACUUUUUGUUUCAUGUC